UACAACAAAAACAGUGUGUUACAAAACCUCAUGUAACUGGUUGUGUAAAGAGAAACACGACGCUCGCUAACGUGUUUCUCACAACUUGACUGCUAGCCUUCGGUUAGCUAUAUUUGCAAUAGCCCUUCCAGACAUACUUCACGUUGUAUUCAUUGCAUGUUGCUCUGCGUUUGGAGGAGCACACCUUUCUCGUCUGAACCAAGGAGAUUCUUGAGGCUUGUUGUCCACAGUGAUCAGAGACCUACGUCGGUACUGUCCCCUCUGAUCAAGUCACUCACCAGUCAGAUCAUCAUGUCAGGCAAAAAACGCAAGUCCACAUCCGCUGCUGCGAAACAGCCCAGUGCCAAGCAGCAGAAGUUGGCUCCCAUGAAGGAGGAGAAGAGCAAGAGAGCUGGAGGCUGGCUGGAGGACCUUGUGAAGCAGCACAGGACAGAGAACAAGGAGGUGAAAUUCAACAAAAAGCGCCUCCGCCUUAUAUCUGACACAACCCAGAUAAAGCAGGACUCCAAGGGUGUCCUGUACUGGAUGUUAAGAGACCACAGAGUGCAAGACAAUUGGGCGCUGGUCCAUGCCCAGCAGCUUGCUUUGAAGAAGAACCUUCCUCUGCACGUCUGUGUCUGCCUGGUUGUCCCAAAAUCAGAACUGUCCACUCUGAGACAUUACAGCUUUAUGCUGAAAGGUCUGGAAGAAGUUGCAAAGGAAUGCAAAGCCUUGGACAUCCAGUUCCACUUGCUGCACGGUUCAGCGGGGGACACCCUCCCUGGCUUUGUUUGUGACCGCGGCCUGGGGGCCGUGGUGACAGACUUCUCCCCCCUCAGAGACCCACUGCAGUGGUUGGAGGAUGUUAAAAAGACUCUUCCAAAGGACAUUCCCCUCAUACAGGUUGAUGCCCACAAUAUUGUCCCCUGCUGGGUGGCAUCCCCUAAGCUGGAGUAUGCUGCCAGGACGAUCAGAGGGAAAAUCACAAAGCUGUUGCCGGAGUUCCUCACAGAGUUCCCUCUGGUAGAGAAACACUCCCACACCGCUACAAGAACGGCCAAACCAGUGGACUGGGACAAAACCCUGGCCUCCCUGCAGGUUGACCGAGCAAUAGGAGAGACGGAGUGGGCACAGCCAGGCACCAAGGGAGGGUUGGCCAUGUUGGAGUCCUUCAUUGAUGUACGCCUCAAACUGUUUGACACCAAACGCAACGACCCAAACGCUGCUGCCCUCAGCCAGCUGUCCCCCUGGAUCCGCUUUGGCCACCUGUCAGCCCAGCGGGUGGCGAUGCAGGUUCAGCGCAGUGGGAAGUCUGCAGGUCAUUCUGUCGCCUCCUUCAUCGAGGAGCUGGUUGUGCGCAGAGAGCUGACGGACAACUUCUGCUUCUACAACAAGAAAUAUGACAGCGUGGAGGGUGCGUAUGAGUGGGCUCAGAAGACCUUGAAAGAUCAUGCCAAAGACAAGAGGCCGUAUGUCUACACGCGUGAGCAGCUGGAGAAAUCAAAGACGCACGACAAACUCUGGAACGGUGCUCAGUACCAGAUGGUCACUGAGGGGAAGAUGCAUGGUUUCUUGAGGAUGUACUGGGCCAAAAAGAUUCUGGAGUGGACGUCCUCACCAGAGGAGGCCCUUUCAAUUGCUCUAUACCUGAACGAUCGCUACGAGCUGGAUGGCCAGGACCCCAAUGGCUUUGUCGGUUGCAUGUGGUCUAUUUGCGGCAUCCAUGACCAGGGUUGGGGAGAGAGAGACGUUUUCGGAAAGAUCCGCUACAUGAACUACAAAGGCUGCCUGCGGAAGUUUGACGUCGCCGGAUUUGAGAGAAAAUACUGUCCCAAAAAGCUUUGAAGCAUAAAAAUGUUUGGAAGGAUUAGAAUACAAUGCUGAUGGCCUAAAUCUCUUACAUCUUUACCUCAGCGAGCAUUUGUACAGUACAAACAACAGCAACUGUGCUGACGGAGCUAACUGUUUAACAUGAUCUGUGGUGCUUACUUAUUAAGCUGAAAGAGCUACAUCUUUACUUUGUUUUAUGUUACUUUUAUAUUACUGUUUUAAUUUAAGUAGUUUUUUACACAAAAGAUGCCUUGUUUGAUGUUCGUAUUGCAACAACUGAUUCCACGACUGUUCUUUUCGAGGAUCUCUGAGGGUUGGAGUCUGUCCAUGUUUUCAUACCAAACCCUUUUCUGUUCACUUAUGUCACAGUGUCUUUAUUCAUUAACAGUUCUCCAGCUAUAAAUGCAGCAUAUUUUGCCUUCUUA